GGCAGCAUCCUGCUUGUCCUACGCAACAUUGCCACGACCGCACUUCUCCCAGACCAUGGCGCCCUACUUUGAGACGGCCAAGUCGUUUGCGGACGUACCCAUCGGGGACGAUGGUGUUGACACCGUCGCGUUCCUCGAGGCAAGCGAUGCGCUCAUGAACAUGUUCGAUCUGCUUGGCAUCGGCGUCUUCACGUUCGUCCAGCACGAUCUCCGGAUGAACAUAUCUGGCGUGCGACACCGGCACGAUUCCCAUACUGAUCGCUCACCGACGCUGGAGAAGCUAGUACUCGCUGAGCACGACGACGGGCACAAGCACGCUACGGGCUGCCUAGUCCGACUACUGAGGCAUGUUACAGUAUACACUACGGGUUUGGCUUUCACACUCAUCUCGCUUCGGAACACGCAAGCUGAGCCCAAGACACCUCUGCACGCAAGCUUCAAGAAGGCAUACGACGUCACUCUUAAGCACCAUCACAAAUGGGCUAUCCGGAACGUUGUUUACAUUGCUCUACGGGCGACGCCACAUCGAGCCGAUUUCUACGCGCGUAUUUCCGAGUCUUCACCUACUGCGCACGACGAGCACGCCCGGCUCGAUGUCGAGCUCACCAAAUGGCUCGCAGGACUCGACAUCAUAGUCCGGCAUAUGAAGGACUUUCUUGAACGCCACGAUCUGGGCAAAGUGACCAUUUAAGACAUAGCUACAUCGUGUUGGGUUUCCUGUUCUUGGGUGUUCGAGACGCUGCAGGGAUUUAUCACGAACUAGACUGGGCGUACAUAAACGCUAGCUACGUUACACGCAUUACCGGCACGCAUUACCAAAAAUUACGCGUCUAACAUAUCAAUGAUAAGGGGGGAGCAUGAAAGUCAUAAGCAAGAAAGUGGGAGAUGCUCUACUGUCUCCGCUAAAGCAUCUAGGGCAUCGGCGACAUCAGGAGUGACGCUUGCUGCGCUCUCCCUGACAAGCAACCUCCGCAGCGUAGAGCCUGCCUUGCCGUGAGCCUCCUUCCACGGCCUGAGCCUGCUCGGAAGCAUGGAGGAAGAUUCCAAAGAGAUGUCUAGCGUGUGCAAGCUGGCCAAUAACGGCUCCAGGCCCUCACCGGUGGGCAGUUCCAGCGCACCUAUCAGUCCCCUCCCCGCUGCGUCACUGACUCGCAAGGUUUGCACGCCACGCAGCUGAGAUAUCAGGAGUAGCCAGUCUUGCACAUCCAUCGCGCGCUCCGCAACGAAGGUCUCGAGACCGCUGCCGAAGGCUCGGAGGGCGAGCAUCGGGGCGAGCUUGACGUCGGUCUGUAGGGAAAGGGAAAGGGCGGGGUUCGCGCGCAAAGCUGCGAAAGUGCCGGAAAGCCAACCGUGGAUUCGAAGGCUGCCCUGCGCGUCCUUUCCAUCGAAGAGACCAAAAGCCAGUAGGGGUUUGCCUCGCAUGUAGUGUGAAUUGAGAGCGGAUAGGAGAUGGUCGAGAGCGCUUAGGCCAGUGGUAGUUGUGCAAGAAAUGCUAGCGUCCGGAGGAAGGAUGAGCAAACUGAGGAGGGCGGUGCAGGACUCGACGGCGUCGGUUACGCGCAACGAGCGCAGCGCCGGCAUGUUAAUAGAGACGUCUGCUUCCAUGUCUUCCAGACCUUGAGCGGCGAAGGCCGGCAGAAUGUGCUCCAAAGAAAGGGAGGCAAGUCCAGAGUUGUUGAGCAGCAGGUCCAUGAGGCCCUGCGUGGACAUGCGCGAUGCAGACGGACUCUGUGACAGCGCCAGCUGGGUGAGGCCGUAAAAGUGGCGCGACCCCUCUGCGAAGCGACAGCCGUGUAGCGCGAGCGAGGACAACUUCGGUGCGCGGCCAUCGAAAAGGGCGUCUGGGAGUUCGUACGUCGUUCGGGAGCCCAUCGGAAGUUCCAUGUGCAGCUCGAGGCUGGCGAUGAUGGGGGCGGGGGCAGAGAGCGCGGGUAUCAGCUGCUCCAUCUGUCUCGGGCGGAGGCUGAGGGUGGCAUGGUGCGUCCGCGCGAGAUUGUCGGCGAAGAAGCUCUGUGCGGACGAGACAAUGCCCGAUGCAACAAGGUCGGAGCGAAUAGUGAGUGGAACGAGCGCAGCGCGUUGCUGAGCACGCAACCUCGAUCGAGCGUUGAGGAGGUCUAUACGAUUCCAGAGAAGGGGUGCGCCAAGCGCAACCUGGCGCCACUGGUGGCAAACCUGGGUGAGCGCGACCCAGGCAUCGGGAGAGGUGGAAGCACAGAGAUCGCGGCAAGCGAAAAAGAUAUGGAGAAGAAUUUCGGGAGGGAGGCGCGUGAUGGAUGCGAGAGUGUUGCGAGAACGGCGCAGGUGAAGGAGCGCAUCCUGAGUGCUUGCGAGCAGGUUUGCUAUGGUACUGUCUAUGUUGCACCGGGCGGCAUCGGCGAAGGGGUGACUGGUGAGAACGUUGGCGGUAAGCUGCUUUUCGGCGAGGAGGCCGUCAUUGAGGAUAGCCGUAAUACGCGAGCUGACGGCCUCUAAGGAUGUCAUCUCUUCUUCGCAAUAACCCUUUAUGGUGUCGAGUCAGGCCCUGAAUAAGCGCCGACAAAUAUCUAGUCUAUGGAGGGAGGCGACAACCCUCUCUAUGUCGAGUUGGGAGCAAAGGGUAUCGUCGGGGAUCUACGGAGACACGAAAGCAAAUGAACA